AUGACCAAUACUAUCUCGUCAAAUUCUACUCAUGAGUUCGAUCAUCCUAUAAGAUCGGUCGCAGUGAUUGGUUCAGGACCUACUGGGACACCUGCAGCUCGACAUCUUCAAGAGGCAGGUUUGAAGGUACGACUUUUCGAACGACAAUCGCAAUCAGGUGGAAUUUGGAACUGGAGACCUGCAGCUUCGCUGCCAUUAUCAGUACCAACACCUCCACCUUCAAGAGGGGCGUUCACCCCUGUUCUUCGGGAAAGUGGAGUCUAUGAAGACCCAGAUAGAUCUGAGAGAGAACAUUUCAGCCCUCCCAAUCCGUGUUAUUGGAAUCUGACUAAUAAUGUUCCGACCACGACAAUGGCAUUCAAAGAUUUUCCAUAUCCAGACGGAACAGAUCUGAACGUGUCCCAUACGGUCUUCUCCAAAUACGUACAUGACUAUGCCAAGCAUUUUGGAUUAGACAAAGUGGCAUCGUACAAUACCAGAGUUGAGAAAGCCGACAAGGUCGCCUCACAAUGGAGAUUGAACCUCAGAAAGGUUGUUGACGAAGGUGAAGACAGGGCACGGGAGGAACAAUGGACAGAGGAAUUUGACGCAAUCGUUGUAGCCACCGGUCAUUACAACGCACCGUAUAUACCUGCUCUUUCUGGAUCGGACACAUGGGCAAAUGCCUGGCCCGACAAAGUCAUUCACUCACAAGGGUAUCGGCUGCCAGAACCCUACAAAGAUAAGACGGUGCUGCUUAUUGGUAUCGGAACUAGUGGUAACGACAUUGCUCGUGAUAUCGACCCCUUUGUGAAAAGGACGUAUAUGGUCGGUAGGAACAAGCUCAGAGGACCUCCAGCAUAUCAAAAGCAACGUAAGAUGCAACGAUUCAUGUUACCCCAAAAAGCAGAAGCAGUAUCGGAAAUUCAUCGAUUCCUUCCUCCGAAAUUAGGACAGCCAAUCCGGGAGGCAGAGGUAGAGCUCUCAGAUGGACGAAUAUUGAAGGGCAUUGAUGAGGUUAUCUUCGCUACGGGAUAUCAAUACUCCUUCCCGUUCCUACCGAAUUAUCACCAAGACUACGAACAAGUAGCAUCCAACAGCUUAGCCAAACACCAUUUGGUUAGCGAUGGCUCUGGGGUACUGAAUCUAUGGCGGGAUGUCUUCUACAUCCCAGAUCCAAGCCUUACCUUCAUUGGAUUGAGCGUCAAUACCUCAGCCUUCUCAUUCUUUGAGUACCAGUCGAUCUCGAUUGCCCGGGUUUUAUCAGGAAAAGCUAGAUUACCUGACGAAGCCACCCGCUGGGCGGAUUACGCUCAACUGGUCAAAGAAAAAGGUGAAGGGAAAUUCAGUCACCUGCUGAAUCGAGAUGGCGAACGAAGUUACGUCCGAGAUACGGUGGAAUGGCUGAAUAAAGAUGCUGAGUGGUCGGGAGCUGAGCCAGUCCAAGGUCACUCCGCAGAGUGGAUAGCUGAGAGCGACAAGAUGGUACAGCUCCUUGCCUCGAAGUAUGGGGUGACAUUGGAACAAUUGAAGCAGAUUGACGUAGAGAUAGCUGCAGGAGAUGGACGGACUUCAGAUGGUACUGCGAAAUCAUUUGAGACCGCGGCGGAAGAGACCAAUGCUAGAGCCAUUGAAGGCAUUGCUAGAAGAGUUGCUACUGUAAAAGCUUAG